CCUUUGGGUAUCAUCUCAAUGCUUGACGAAGAAUGUAUUGUACCGAAAGCCACGGACAUGACCUUGGCUCAGAAGCUGAAUGAGCAACAUCUGGGCAAACACCCGAACUUCGAGAAGCCCAAGCCACCAAAGGGUAAGCAAGCUGAGGCUCACUUUGCCAUGAGACACUACGCCGGAACUGUGCGAUACAACGUAACCAACUGGUUGGAGAAGAACAAGGAUCCCCUCAACGACACCGUUGUCACUGUCAUGAAAGCAUCAAAGGGUAACGACCUGCUCGUUGAAAUCUGGCAAGAUUAUGUCACUCAAGAGGAAGCCUUAGUUGCCGCUAAAUCUGGUGGCGGUGGAAAGAAGAAGGGAAAAUCAGGUUCUUUCAUGACGGUCUCCAUGAUGUAUCGUGAAUCACUGAACAAUCUCAUGAAUAUGCUGCACAAGACUCAUCCUCAUUUCAUCCGUUGUAUUAUUCCCAAUGAAAAGAAGGCCUCCGGUGUGAUUGAUGCAGCACUUGUGCUCAACCAGCUCACAUGUAACGGUGUGCUGGAAGGUAUUCGAAUUUGUCGAAAGGGUUUCCCCAACAGAACUCUUCAUCCGGACUUCGUUCAACGCUACGCCAUCUUGGCAGCCAAGGAGGCCAAGAGUAGCAAGGAUCCCAAAGUUUGCGCUGGGGCGAUUCUUCAGGCAAUGGUGAAUGACAAGAGGCUCAGCGAGGAACAGUUCCGCAUUGGUCAUACCAAGGUUUUCUUCAAAGCAGGAGUUGUCGCUCACAUUGAAGAUCUUCGUGAUGACAAGCUUAACGAGAUCAUCACCGGAUUCCAAGCCCGCAUUCGCCAUUACAAUGCCAUGAGUGAAUACACUGAUCGCAAGCGUCAGCUCAACUCCUACAUCAUACUGCAACGUAAUAUCCGUUCGUGGUGCGUCCUUCGAACCUGGAACUGGUUCCUCUUGUUCGGCAAACUUCGUCCUCAAUUGAAGUGUGGCAAGAUGGCCGAAGAAAUGGCCAAGAUGGCAGAAGAACAGAAGAAUCUCGAGGCUCAAUCAGCAAAGGCUGAAGCGGAACGAAAGGCUAAGGAGGAAGCUUGUAAUAAAUUGAACGCUGAGAAGAACAGACUUCUCGAACAGCUCGAAAUGACGAAAGGCGGUUCGGCCUCGAUUGAAGAAAAACUGACAGCGUUGAACGCCGCCAAGCAGGAGCUCGAGAAAGGUUUGAAUGAUGCUGCUGAUAAGUUGUCCGAACAGGAGGAUAGGAAUGCUGAGCUCGAGAGGCACAAACGUAAGGCUCAGCAGGAAGUGGAGAACAUGAAAAAGAGCAUCGAAGCCGUUGAUAGCAACCUUCUAAAGUCAAUCGAAGAGAAAAAGGCCAAAGAAAACCAGAUUCACUCUCUUCAAGAUGAAAUCAACGCCCAAGACGAAACCAUUGGCAAACUGAACAAAGAGAAAAAGCAUCAAGAAGAGAUUAACCGUCAACUGGUUGACGACCUGCAGGCUGAAGAAGCGAAGCAAGCUCAAGCAGCCCGUCUAAGACAAAAGCUUGAGCAGACUUUGGACGAAAUGGAGGAAUCGAUAGAACGAGAGAAGAGAAUCCGGGCUGAAACAGAGAAAGCUAAGCGAAAGGUUGAGGGCGAGCUAAAAGCUGCUACAGAGACGAUCGAUGAAAUGACAAAAAUAAAGCAGGAAGCAGAUAUUUCGUUGAAAAAGAAAGAGGCUGACCUGCACGCCCUAGGAGUAAGAAUCGAAGAUGAGCAGGCAGUGGCUAAUCGGCUCAAUCGCCAGUGCAAGGAAAACGCUGCUCGAAUCAUCGAAAUCGAAGAUGAACUAGAACAUGAGAGGCAAAGUCGAGCAAAGGCAGAUCGAGCUCGAUCAGAGCUGCAGCGUGAACUGGAUGACCUCAAUGAACGACUUGACGAUCAAAAUCAUCAGAUGCAAGCCCAUAUUGAGUUGAACAAAAAGAAAGACGCAGAAAUUCUCAAGUCACGCCGUGAUCUCGAUGAGCUUAACUUGGCUCAUGAAGAUCAGUUGGGCGCCCUACGAAAGAGAAAUAACGAUCAGGUAGCUCAACUGACCAAUCAGCUUGACGGACUUCAAAAAGCAAAGGCAAAGAUUGAAAAGGAGAAAGGUACCCUCCAGAAAGAGCUCGACGACAUCAACGUGCAAGUUGAUCAGGAGUCUAAAGCUCGUGUUGAACAAGAACGACUCGCUAAACAGUACGAAGUCCAGGUAGCUGAACUGCAACAAAAAGUGGACGAGCAAUCGAAACAGCUUUCUGAAUUCACAACUUCUAAGGGACGCCUCCUUAACGAUAAUGGUGACCUACUCCGCCAAGUGGAAGAGCUCGAAAUCCAACUCAACACUGUCAAUCGUGCCAAGGCUGGCUUCUCCAGUCAACUUACGGAAGCCAAAAAAGCCGCCGAAGACGAAACGCGUGAACGCCAUGACCUCAAUGCCACUUGCAAGAACCUCGAGCACGAAAUUGAGCAGUGCCUCGAAAUGUUGGAAGAGGAGAUCAACUCGAAGGAUGACACUCAGCGUCAACUUAGCCGCAUCAAUUCAGAAAUCUCUCAAUGGAAGGCGCGCUAUGAGGGAGAGGGACUGGUAGGAUCUGAUGAGUUGGAAGAGCUCAAGAGAAAGCAGAUGGCUCGCGUAAUGGACCUACAGGAAGCUCUCUCGGCAGCUCAGAACAAGGUCAUCUCACUAGAAAAGGCCAAAGCAAGACUCCUACAGGAUACGGAAGAUGCUCGAUCGGAUGUGGAUCGUCAUCUUACGGUGAUCGCAUCUUUGGAGAAGAAACAGCAAACAUUCGACAAGAUUGUCGAAGACUGGAAGCGCAAGGUUGAUGACAUCCAGAAAGAGAUCGAUGCCACCACUCGUGAUUCCCGAAACACGAGCACAGAAGUGUUCAAACUGCGAUCUGCCAUGGAGAACCUAACUGAAUACAUUGAGACUCUACGUCGCGAAAACAAGAAUUAUGCUCAGGAGAUUCGCGACAUAAACGAGCAGAUCUCCCAAGGAGGACGUACAUACCACGACUUGCAAAAAUCAGUGAGACGAAUUGAACAAGAGAAGGAAGAGUUGCAGCACGCCCUUGACGAGGCGGAAGCUGCUUUGGAAGCGGAAGAAAGCAAGGUUCUACGGUCCCAAAUUGAAGUGCAGCAGAUUCGUUCCGAAGUUGAGAAACGCAUUCAAGAGAAAGAGGAGGAAUUCGAGAAUACCCGCAAAAACCACCAGCGAGCCCUCGAAUCCAUUCAGGCUUCCCUGGAGACUGAGACCAAGAGCAAAGCGGAACUUCUUCGAGCAAAAAAGAAGCUGGAAAAUGAUAUCAACCAACUCGAGAUUGCUCUCGAUCAUGCCAAUAAGGCUAACGUCGAUGCUCAGAAGACUCUGAAACGUCUGUUUGACCAGGUAAAAGAACUGCAAGGACAAGUCGACGAUGAACAGCGCAACCGCGAAGAAAUUCGUGAGAACUACCUAGCCGCCGAGAAACGGCUUGCCGUUGCACUUGCUGAAACGGAAGACCUCGCCCAGCGAAUUGACGCCGCUGAGAAGGUACGUGAGAAGGCCUUGAGGAGGCGCAGAUAG